ACCUCUGGGGUGGGGGAUCUGCUGGUAGCCAGCACCAAUCUGAGAAGGGUAGAAGGAGGGGGCGGGAAGGUUAGUUUGAAGAGGGCAGGCUUUCCACGAUGACAGCGCUUUCCCUCUCAUCAUUUCCCCGUAACAAAAAAAAAACACUUCAAAAUCCAGUGGAAUAAGAAUUGCCGGAGAAAUCAGUUGGGCCAAAACAGCGCCGAUUGACGGAAAGAAAAUCAAAAGUCGGAAGAAAAUAAGAGCAAGAAGAAACGUUGUUUUCUGGGUUUUGGGCCGUAGUUUGAGAUGGCUGCCACUCUCCGGAAACUUGCAGUAUUUGUGUCAGGCAUGUGGAUUUGCCUCCUGCUCCUCAACCCCUUUCCACAAACCGGGGCAGUGGUUGGGCACAGAGAGCCGUUGCCUGAUGACAGUAGAGACAACAUCACCAUUUUCACCCGGAUCCUGGACAGACUGCUGGAUGGCUACGACAACCGCCUGCGCCCCGGGCUGGGAGCAGAGAGUGUGACGGAGGUGAGGACAAAUAUCUACGUGACCAGCUUUGGACCGGUGUCAGACACAGACAUGGAGUACACCAUCGAUGUGUUCUUCCGUCAAAGCUGGAGGGAUGAGAGGCUGAAGUUCGACGGGCCCAUGCAGGUCCUGCCUCUUAACAACCUCCUGGCCAGUAAGAUCUGGACUCCAGACACCUUCUUCCACAACGGGAAGAAAUCUGUGGCCCACAACAUGACCACGCCCAACAAACUGCUACGACUGGUGGACAACGGUACCCUGCUUUACACUAUGAGGCUGACCAUCCAUGCUGAGUGUCCCAUGCACUUGGAGGAUUUCCCCAUGGAUACACACGCCUGUCCUCUGAAGUUUGGAAGCUAUGCUUAUACCAACAAUGAAGUUGUCUAUAUCUGGACCAAAGGAGAUGAAGAUUCUGUAGUCGUAGCGAAGGAUGGUUCAAGGCUAAACCAGUAUGAUCUACUAGGCCACGAUAUUGGGAAAGAAUCCAUGAGUUCCAGCACAGGAGAAUAUGUAGUGAUGACAACGUAUUUCCAUUUGAAAAGGAAAAUUGGCUAUUUUGUGAUUCAAACCUACCUCCCGUGCAUCAUGACUGUCAUCCUGUCUCAGGUCUCCUUCUGGCUAAACAGAGAGUCGGUUCCCGCCCGCACUGUAUUCGGGGUCACAACAGUUCUGACCAUGACAACCCUGAGUAUCAGUGCCAGGAACUCCCUGCCCAAGGUGGCCUAUGCUACAGCUAUGGACUGGUUCAUGGCAGUAUGCUAUGCCUUUGUCUUCUCCGCCCUGAUAGAGUUUGCCACAGUUAACUACUUCACCAAGCGCAGCUGGGCAUGGGACGGCAAGAAGGAGGCCCAGGAGAUGAGGAGAAGAGAAUCUGCCUCCCUUUCCAAAAAGGCCAACAACACAUUCAACAUUGUCGGAACUACCUACACCAUCAACGUGGUAAAGGACCCAGGUUUAACCACCGUCUCAAGGAGUGCCACGAGAGCUACACACCACCACCACCACCACAGCCACAAGGUUCCUAAAAUGGACGACUCAUACGUUGAAGCCAUAAAGUCCUACAACCGCGUCAGCAGAGUGGACAAGAUCUCACGCAUCAUCUUCCCAGUGCUGUUCUUCAUCUUCAACCUGGUCUAUUGGGCCACGUACAUCAACAGCAAGCCGCGCGCCAUCCUCUCCCCCAGGUCCACCACCCACAAUUAGAGUCUCCCCGACAAACUAUUAGGCUGAGGUGGCAGGAGGCCAAGAGAUCCACGACAUGUUAUUGUAUCAUUGUUUUGGACUUCAUUUUGAUAUUUGCAAGUCUCAAUAGGUCAAAGACAAACAUUCUCUUAGAUUUGUAUGUACAUAGUCAAACUAUAAAUGCUCAUUUGUUGUUUCCUGAUUAUAUGUUUAUUUGAUAGAAUAGCCGGAUGGUGUUUUGGAUAUGCUUUCUCUUCACUCUGACAUGAUAAGGGGGAGCAUGUGUUUGAAUCCUUCAUGUUAGCUCAUUACAGAGGAUCAGGUCCUGGUGCAUCACACACACACACACACACACACACACACACACACACACACACCCACACACACACACACACACACACACACCAUUCACUCUGAAUUGUGUCAGAAUGCAGCAAGGAGAGCCAUUGGCUUAUUGUCGCUAUGGUGGGCUCUUAUAGCCAGGGGCAGCCUGUACAGUUCCAUUGGAACAUCAUUAAUAAUCCUCAGUGUCUGCCCUUCUGCUAGCGCUGAAUCUCAACAGACCCAACGCAAUAUCAUCUGGAAUUGCUUUUGUGUCCUAUGGGCCUGCCUGUGCAUUUUCCAGUCCAGUGACUUUUAUUGUUUUAACAGGCUGAGUAUGCUCAAAGAGAAAGAAGCCGUGUGCCUUUUUGAAUACCCACAUCUUUAAGAUAAAGCUUUUGGCACACGCAAACACACACACACACACACACACACACACACACACACACACACAAGCACACUGGUGUCCAUAUGGUUUGGGCCUGUGUGCGGAAGCUCCCCCUUCUCUCCCUCCUCGUACAGCCCAUGGUCACCGGUGGACAUGGUCAGCGUUGGUAAAAUCUCUAAAGCAUGGAUGAAAUGUAAUCAUAAUAUGACUGAUGCAGCAUUAUAAAAUAUUCUCUAUGUACAUUGUCAUGUAUUGGCUUACAGUGGUUAGCCUCUGUCAUAGUAUUCGGACACCAUUACCUCAGACUGAAGUCUAAUAUAGAUAACAGUUCAUUUGUAUAGUAAGGCAUUCAUUGGUUAAUUUAUUCAACCAUAUUCUAUCUAUAGUAAAUAUUAUUGACUUUUCAGUUAAUAAUGGAUGUUUUCUGAUGAAAGCUUUGACCCUUGUGCCUGUUCGUGUUGUUUUUUUUCUCUCCAUGGGAUUAUGAUACAAGUUUGAGGCCCCAUUUAGAAAAAGACAACUUAUUUUUUAAGA